GAUAAAGGGUUUGUGUUGUUUUGAGCUCGGAGCAAGACUUGACCACGGAGUGCAGGGUUGAUCUAGAGAUGGUCGAGAUUCUAGAGUGAAGAAUUUCAGCCAAAGAGAGAAUCAGUCGAAGAGAUUUUUAGGACUAGAGUGAGAAUUGACCUUUUAUAUUUUUUUUCCCGUCAAAUUUCAUGCAGGGGUGGUCGAGUCACAAGAUCACGUAGGCUUUUAACUUCAUGGAGAGUUUUGACCCGAUCUUUACAGGAUGACGAAGGUGACCCGACCCUCAUAUGACCUUAUAGGUAAAUUGACCCGACUCGACCAUAAAGGUGGGUACGGGUCAAAGGAUUUUCAUGGUCAGUUUUUCAGCCCUGCCAGUCAGCCACAAAGCCAGCAUCUUGCAGAGAUGGAGUGAGAGAGACAGAGAGAGUAAGAGAGAGCUCAGCUAACCUGCGGUAAUUAUCUUCAACCUUUCUUCCCAAGCUUCGUACUUUGGCAAAAAUGAGAUCCUUAUUCUUCGUUUCAGAUGAUUGGUUGAAUAAAAUGUGUAAUAACUUUUCCCCCUUCUCUCUCUCCUCUUCUGUUCUGCAACCCUCUGAUUCAGUGUGAGAAUUGCGUCCUUUGUGCAACUCGUCUCAUCUACAACAUUUCCUUCCAAGUCGAUGCUCCAGCUAUCCAAUUUAAUCGAGAUUGAUCCACUGCUUGGGCCGGAGCUUGACAGAGCCAUUGUUCGAUUAAAUCCCCGUUUGCUUACUCCUCCAGCGACCUAGGUACAAACCAUGGAAGCAAGAGAAGAAGCAGGUCUGUCGAAAUCGACGGCGGUGUUAUCCUGCACCGUCAUGGCCUUGUUAUACGUCGGGAUUCUCUACACUCCCACUCUGAUCCUCCGCCUCCCUCAACCUUCCUCCUUCAAGGAGUUCCUGCUCCGCCGAUUCUUCUGCGCCGCCAUCGCUUCCGUUGUCUCUGUUGCUGCCUGUGCUCUUAUUCUGCCGGUGAACAUCAAGGAGAUACCUUCUCUUUUAGGCAUCUAUGGAGUUCGAAUGGAUCAUGUUUGGCAAGCUGUUGUCUACCCUCUUUGCUUGACUUCCUUAAUGUACGCGGGAUCAAUGGUCCUUAAGCUUUUGUUGGUGGUGGAAGCAAUGAAGGAACAUAUGGAUCGAGGUGGAGGUGUGCUUGAUUUUGCUCGAGAUCUACUGCAAAACUUUGGUUCUUGGGUCUCUUCAGCUGUCUCUAAUAUCUUGGCUUGGCGUAAUUUGAUUGUGGCGCCAGUGACUGAGGAAUUGGUGUUUAGAGCAUGUAUGAUUCCUUUACUCCUAUGUGGAGGAUUCGAGCCCUACAUUGUCAUUGGCCUGUGCCCUAUUCUUUUCAGCUUGGCACAUUUGAACCAUUGGAUGGAGAUUUACUGCCAGCAGAAUUACAGUGUGAUUAAAGCAUCCAUGGUUGUAGGUCUCCAACUCAGCUACACUGUGAUUUUUGGUUCCUACGCCUCAUUCCUAUUCAUUCGAACAGGACACCUUGUUAGCCCGUUACUUGCUCAUAUGUUUUGCAAUUUCAUGGGGUUGCCAGUGUUUUUUGCAAGGAAGAAAGGAGGGAUGGUGGCUUUGGUAUUUGCAGCCGGAGUUAUAUCUUUUAUCUGGCUCCUUUUUCCACUAACACAACCAGAUUUGUACCAUGAAAGAACAGAUGAUUGUAGAUGUUGGCACGGAUACUGUUCCUGGAAUUAAAGUCUGUUCAGGAUUUUAUUUACUUAUAGGGUUGCACUUGGCUGAAUGAUUUUUGGACUUUUCUGAAUCGAUUAUGCUUUGUUCCAUCCAAUGAGCAUUAAUUUGGGGUUGAUAAACCUUUGAUCCCCGAGGGCGCACUUGAACUGGGAGAUGCGAGUGAAGAGAUGGAAAGGGGAUCGAGAUUGUUGGAAACGAACCCUUUGAGGUACAGUUCUUUCCGUGCAGGAAUGGGCACCCGUUAUAGACUGAGAUUCAGCUUCCCGGCCAGGUAUCGUGAUACUAACAACCAAUCAUACAAUUGUUGCUUUUGAUUGAGAAAACAACGUUCGUGUUUCCUUACAGUUUGCUGUUUGCGACUGCUCGUCUGUCUUUGUGCGACCAAUUGAAAUGACGGCUCUCUUCGUGGAGGAUCUAUGCCUGCACGUUGUAUUUUGGUCUUUGUUGCCUUCUAGGGCCAGGAACGUCUCUUUGGUCCCUUGCUCAUCCUCUUCUCCCGCUCUCGCUUCUACUUCGCUUGUGGCACCGAAGUUGUCCUCGACUUCUUCUUUGCAUGGUAGCUAUCGGCAUUAGCUGCAGCGAUCUUUGAGCUUCUACUUCGUCGUCAGAUUCCUCCGGCGGUGGAGCCAAUUGGGUGCCUUUCUGCAAUGAUAGCCUGAGUGUGCAUGCUAGAGUGGGUGCUAUCCAUUGGAAGGUUAUAAGCAAGGUCGGGUCGACUCGGACCCGGCCUUGAAAAUAGGUUAAAAUAGCUCAUUUGAGAGAUGGUGCGGAAAUGGUCAAACGCGAAAAAAUCCAGUCCAACUCGGGCGGUUGGCCUUUUCAAGCGGGUCAGCAGGCUGCUUGUUCCAAAGUGUCGUUGAAUUUUUACUAUGAUGAAUUUAUGUUGAUGUUAUUUAAGUGUGUUGGAGUUUAAGUACGAUUGUUUUUUUUAUGUUUGAUUCAAGAUAAGUACAAUAUAAUGACUUUUUCAUA